AAAUUUCAAUUUGUUUAUGUUUAUUUCUGUCACAAUUUCGCGUAAAUUUCGGUUUGUAAACAAAAAAGCCGGCAUUUAAAGGCUAAAAAUAGCGAAAACCACUGCGAGGCCCGCAUCAAAACGCUUGCGUCUUUAACAGACGCUUGGACCUGCAAAGAGUUAAUCAAAUCACAUUUUCCCAGUUAAUAAAAUCUAGACAACUGUCCACAUCUAGCAGGAACUUCGCAGACAUGUUUGGCACUAAGCUGGGAGCUUUUCCGUUUGCGUCAAGCGGUCAGUUCAGUGAGGAUAUCGGGUUCCACGAGGACUGUCUGGACAGUAUGGAGCAAAACAAUGGGGCUGGGGACAGUUGCGCGGGCGCCCUGGACAGAAGCAAGCUGAUCGUCAACUACAUUCCGCAGUUCGCCACCGAGGAGGACCUGGCGGUGAUCUUCGCCCCCUUGGGGAACAUAGAGAACAUCAAAAUAAUGCGCGACUUCAAAACCGGCUACAGCUACGGCUUCGGCUUCGUCAAGUACUUCAAUGAGGAGGACGCCGCCAAGGCCAUCAACCUCCUGAACGGUUUCAGUUUCAGAAAUAAGCGGCUUAAAGUGUCCUACUCCCGACCGCCGGGCACCGACAUGAAAGACUCCAACUUGUACAUCACCAACCUCCCGAAAGAUGUCACCGAGCAGGACGUGGAGAAUCUGUUCAAGCACUACGGCGAGAUCGUGCAACGCACAGUGCUCAAAGACAAACACACCGGACUGCCCAGAGGCGUGGCCUUCGUGAGGUUCUCCAAAGGCGAGGAGGCGCAAGCGGCCAUCGCCCACCUGGACGGCAAAAUGCUGGACAAUGCCGUGCUGCCGCUGAGCGUCCGGGUGGCCGAGGACCACGGCAGGCAGAAGGCGCAGUAUUUGGAGGCGUGGAACCCGCUGGGCGGCGGAAUAGGUGCCAGGGCCUACGGUUGGCCAGGUUGUUCUCGUCAGGUAAGCCGCACAGGGCGUCCAACCGUGGGGCGCGAUGGUUACUUUGACUAAAAGCUGGGAUAAAAAAUUGAAUGCGUUGGUCUCAGGCACGUCCUGGACGGGUUUCGAUCGAUAAAUUACUGGUACCUGUUUUGGGAGUGUUAUUUCCAUGCUCCGCCCAGCGGAUGAGCGCUAAUGGGCUCGAAACCCGUCCAAUUUCUUGCUCGUUAAUAAUGUUAGCCAUUGGCCAGCUUUUAAUGCGGUCAAGUCGGGCCUGAGAGCUUCCCGUGGGCCCCAUUCGGCCAAUGUAUAUCUAUAAAAAUCCUGGAAUUGCAGCAAAUCGUUCGCCAUCAGGCCGCUGACUAAUGAGGCAUUUUCCUUAGGCUACCCCGCACUAACAAGAACAAGUUUAAUGCCGUUUAGAGACUUGACGGUACCGUCUCGACCGAUCCUACCCAGUAGAUUUACCCGAUUUCCCACCUAUAACAAUCCCGGCGUGCGAAACUUGGGAGCGGGGGACACCUACUUCCAAAAUCCAUUUUUCUAUUAGAAAAGCUGCGGUCGGUGUCCCUCUCGGAACGUUUUUUUCUGUUAGCAGUCCCAUCGCGGCCAGAGCCUUCCGCGGUUUUUAGUUGUUCUUGCGUGAAGGAUGGUUUCAGUUGCGCUCUGGCUGCCGAUGGGAAGGCGCCCGUUGUUUGUUACCUGUUUGUCAUUGAGAAAGACUGUUUUGUUGCGUGAACACUUUUUUACUUGUUUCUACCGGAAAUAUCCGCUGAGUACCUAAUUUUUUAUGAUUACCCAUCAAGGAAAAGUCGGCUGUUUCAAUCGAGUGAGUCGAUUUUUCCGCAGCUGUUGAGCACUUUUUAUUAUCGUUUUACUAAUAUAUAACGAGUAACUGAAUCUAGGUUGUUAAUUUCAUUUCCGAACUGCGAUUUGUUGUUAGAAUGUUAAUAAACCGUUCAGUGUA